AAACGGUCAUUGAUCUGGGCGGAUUGCAGUAUGUGUUGGAGUUGCACAAAAUGAUUCGAGUUGCAAUACCCGCUCACAAAAAAGUGGAAGAUGGACAAAACACUUACACGGUGUUCUGUCUUGAAGUUUUGGACUGCAGUUCUGGGAAGAUGACACAUAUUGAAAAGCGUUAUUCUGAAUUUGAAGCAGUGCAUAAACAGGUGAAAAAGAUAGCAGGGAUGAGAAUACCAGAGUUUCCUCCUAAAAAGGUCAUGAAAUGGAACUCUAAGGUGUUAGAACAAAGGAGGCUUGGUUUACAAAAUUAUGUACAGGGAGUUUUGCAGGGAGACAGGUUGUCUAAGUCAAUGUUGAAUUUUUUGGAAAUAUCAUUACCAGAUUGUCAAAGUGAAGAAUCAUUUGAACAGAGCAAUGAGAACAUUCCUUCCCAUCAUCCUUUGUUAAGUUUUACGGCGGAUGCCUUUCUACAAGAGAGUAAUAGAAGUAGUUUACCAGAUAUUAUAGUGCAAGGUGUUCAUAUGGGUCUGUAUGCAGCUAAUAGAGAUGAUUAUUUAUUAGGAUGAUGAGCAAGCCAAACAGAUAUCAUUUUACACUUCCGAAACUUGAACGGUGCUGUGAUAUUGUAAUUUAUCAAAUAUCAUUCCAUUUGUGUCUAUUUUUAAUCAAUGAUCUCAUGUAAAGUCUCAGUUUAAUAACUUGAAAUCAAAUUACUUACUGUAUUCCAUGAAUUUUAUACUUUUGUAUUAAUUACCUCUUCCCAUCUAAUAAUGAUAGUUCUUUGUUUACAAGAGUUAUCUCCCAUUUGUAACCAGGCUUUCACAUGCAAGCUAUAAUUAUUUAAGUUUAAUGAUACUAAUCCAAUGCUAUAUUCUGAUGAAAACUUCCUACAUAAAUAAACAUCAUAAACAUAAUAGUGUGUCAAAUACAAAAUAAUGUUGUGCAUUUUUAGAAGUAUUAUUUUAGUG